CAGUGACUCCCAGCUUAACUCAUACCUAUGCAGUAAUUGAAACACUGUGACUUGUUUAUCUGAAAGGCUUUCUACGCGUCCCCUGUAUCUCGAUGCCAACUAGCUAUUGCUGAUUGAGUGGAAAACGGUUCCUGUUGUUCCUGAAGCCCGACCAAAUUUUAGCCACGGAGCCCAUCGGACCCGCGAAUCCUGGAUACCGGGCAACUCUCACGCCACUCCCUGGUGGUCUGUUAUUAACUGAUUAAAAGCCUGCGGCACUCUGAUCUGGACACCUGAACAGCCCACUCUUUGCGUCUCUCUGCUCCAACUGGAAGUUGUACGAAGCUGUUCGACGUGGCCCCCUGAUCCCUCCGAUCCGAACUUCGCUGUUCCCUCCAUCGUCGACCAUGCCUGGAAAGACUCUCCCUACCUUCACUUCGGCCGAGGUCGAAUCGCAUAACACCGCGAAAUCGUGCUAUGUGACCCUGGGAAGAAAGGUGUUUGAUAUCACGCCCUUUGUUGAGGACCACCCCGGAGGUGGCGAUCUCGUUCUGGAAUACGCUGGCAAAGAUGUACGCGAGAUCUUGGAGGAUGAGGUUUCUCAUAGACAUACCGAUUCCGCCUAUGAAAUUCUUGACGACUAUCAUAUCGGCUUUCUGAGCGCUGGGCCCGGUUCGAAGAACCCCCAGGCAAACGGCAACGCGAAGGAUACUCAGGUGGAUGGGUCUGAAGAUGGGCCGGUGUACGCGACCACGGGCAUGUCUAGGGAAGAGGACUUGUCCGUAGAAACGGACUACAGCAGAGACUAUCAGACGCACAAGUUCCUCGACCUCAACAAGCCACUUCUACUCCAGCUCUGGAACAGUGGUUUCUCCAAGGAGUUCUACUUGGAACAGAUCCAUCGUCCUCGCCACUACAAAGGAGGAGAAUCAGCGCCCUUGUUUGGCAACUUCCUUGAGCCACUCAGCAAGACCGCCUGGUAUGUGGUGCCUAUUAUGUGGCUUCCGCCGGUGACAUACGGGACCAUUGUUGGAUUGUCUGGACUGGGCAAUGCCUCGAUUGCAGCUGCCUAUUGGGUCGGUGGCCUGUUCCUUUGGACGCUGAUCGAGUAUCUUAUGCACCGGUUCCUCUUCCACAUUGACAAGUACCUCCCUGAUAAUCGCGUCGGCCUGACUUUACAUUUCCUCCUGCACGGCAUUCACCACUACCUCCCCAUGGACAAGUACCGACUGGUCAUGCCCCCGACUCUUUUCAUCGUUCUUGCCGCCCCGUUCUGGAAAUUGGCCCACGCAGUCUUCUUCUACAACUGGUAUGCCGCCUUGACUGUGUACUGUGGUGGAGUUUUCGGGUAUAUCUGCUAUGAUAUGACCCACUACUUCCUUCAUCAUCGCAACCUCCCUUCGUACUACAAGUCCUUGAAGAAGUAUCACCUCCAGCAUCAUUUCGCCGAUUUUGAUAACGGUUUCGGGGUGACCAGCCGCUUUUGGGACAGAAUGUUUGGCACUGAGAUCCUGACCCCCCCUCCUAAGGCCUUGAAGACCCAGUAGAGGGCUGCCUUGUCUCAGCCUUGCCUUCCCCCUACUAAUCAAGUUCCAUGUGAAUGUUUACUCUUGUGUCCCAUACGGUUCUAAUUCGAAACACGAUAUCAUGACGGG